AUUCCUCCCCCUACUUCAUGCAGAAAUUGAGGAGAUGUCUUCGGAAGAAACAGAAAGGACAGUGGAAGGAGUGGGAGGAGGGGAGGUAGUUGGGGUUGGGGGAGAUAGUGUACCCAUCACUGUGGUAGAGGUGGAGGGUAGGAGAGUGAGGUGCUAUGAUGUAGAUGCAGACAUAGUGGAGAAGGUGAAGCAGUAUGAGUCUGAGCUCAGGACCAGGGAUAGCCUGGGGUAUUUGGUGGAGAGUUAUGAGAUCUCCUCCCGAGUGUUAAUUAGGCUAGCUAGGGUAGAGGAGAGGGCGUGUUUUGCUCCUCGGGAUCAUUGGAUGCUUGUGUAUGCCCAUUAUUUGGCAACCGGGCUUAGGUUUCUAAUUCCUGAGUUGCUAGUGGGUUUGCUGUUAGAUUACGGUAUAAGGUUGACACAGUUAGUCCCCAACGCUAUGAGGGGGGGUAGUAGGAAAGAUAAGGGGUGGUAUUAUUUCACCCCUAAGGUAGCAAAUAGAGAGAGUAGAGCGUUAUUUACUACGGGUCCUUCAUCCAUUAAAGGAUGGAAGGAAAAAUUUUUCUUUGUAGAUGAUACUGAGUGGGAGAAGGGGGAUACCGAGGUGGAGGAGUUGUCAUCCUGGAAGGCUAAGAGAACCAACCAGAAUAAGUUUAGUUUAAAUGAGGAAGAGGAGGAAGAGGUAGGGAAGUUGUUGAGGGAGGGAAGGGAUUUAGUAAAUAUCUUGUACCUCACCAAUGCAGAAUGCAUAGAAGCUGCUGAGCUUUAUGGGCCAAGCGCUUUAAGUGAAGCUGAAAUGGACAAAUUUUUGGGAGCUGCAGGAGGAGUGGCCAUCCCCAAGAAGCCAAGGAAAAGUCAAAGACUUCAACCAAGCAAGUGGAUGAGGGAUGAGUUGGAAAGGAGGGAAUCUGAAGAAGGAGCUGAGGUACGAGCUCCUGGCAAGGGAAAGGGCCUUAUUCCCCCGUCGUCCUUUCAAAGCAGCCUGUUCGAGGUGAAGAACAUGAUGGGGGCCAGGAGGUUCAUCAAUUCCACCUUCCCCAAAGUGGACAAGCAUCACGCACGGGACAAGGCUCUGAGGUACUGUGGGGCUUUAGUAGUGAAGCAUGUUUUGGAGAGCGCGAGCUGGGUUAAUGGUUUAGCUCAAGAGUUCAUGGAGAGUGUGAAGGAGCGCUCCCUCUUGCAAAGGCAGUGUGACCAACUGCAAAAGGAGAAGGAAGAGAUGGAGAAGAAAAAUAAAGAGAUGCAAGAGGUGCUAGACGAGGAGAAGGAAAUAAGGCUGAUGAAGGAGGCUUAUAUGGAGCUGAAGAAGAAUGUGCAGUUGCUGGUGCACAAUGGGAUGGAAGAGCACAUCAGCAACUUCAUCAGCUCCAGCUUGUUUGACCACAUUGUCAACAUCUAUCGACUGCCAAUUGCCAUCCUCGCCUUCACAGACUGCAGAAAGAAGGUGAAGGCUGAACUUCCGUCCUCAGUAGAGGAAGAAGGGGUAGAGGUGGAGGAAGAUGAAGUAGGGGCCGGAGUGGAAGGAACUGAAGUGGGUGAGAGCCAACUAGCUCCAGAAGUGGAGAUUCAUCCAGUUCUUUUUUACGAUGAGCAGCCUCCUCUGCCAGACGAACAGCAGCCAACACAGCCACCUUUUCCAACUGAGCAAGAGCCAGUUCAGUCACCUCCUCCAACAGAGAUAUAAUUUUUGUUUUUAUUGUAACAACAGUAAAACAAUCUGUUGUAAUACUUUUAUUAUUAUGAAUGAAAAUUUUGUUUUGAAAUCAUGUGUUGUGUUUGCUUUACCUUUUUGUUGUCUUAUAUUAAUAGAAGAACUGAGAUUACUUGAGAUAUGUUUUGAAGGAAAGUUAAUCAUUUCAAAGAUGAAAUAAAAAGAAGUUAACCAC